CGUUAUGUUUUUGAGUAUGUAUUUCUUUUGUUUCUAAGUUGACUUUGAGAUCAAUAUAAUUUGCCAAAUCAAAGACAAUUAGCUGUCUAUUCACUACAUACAUGUAUUUGUGUCUUAUACAAAUUUGUACCUAACAAUAUCGAAUUAAAGACUCAGUCUGAUACUCUACAUGCUCAAAGGUAUUGUUUUCAGCAAGACAUUGUUUCAUUAGGACCCUAUAUAACGUGUCACAUCCCAAGAACAAAAACACACAAUUUCCAGUAUUAGACUAAAGAAACAAGGGAACUUCCAUGGUCAAAAUGGCAAGUUCUCAAGUUCUUUCCUUGGCUUUGUUUACCUCAGCUAUUGCAUUUCAUUUGGUUGUGGCCAAUGGUAUGUUCUCAGACCACAUGUACAUUAACUGGGGUGCUCAUCACUCUUGGAUGCAUGGCGAUGAUCUGCAGCUCGUCCUUGAUAAAUCCUCAGGUUCUGGUGUGCAAUCAAAAGGAACAUUUCUAUUCGGAAGCAUAGAAGCACUGAUCAAAUUGGUACCUGGUAACUCUGCUGGAACUGUCACAGCAUACUAUCUAUCUUCCACUGGUGACAAGCACGACGAGAUCGACUUUGAGUUUUUGGGGAAUGUAUCAGGGCAGCCCUAUAUUAUUCACACUAACAUUUUCACACAAGGCGUAGGAAACAGAGAACAGCAAUUCUAUCCAUGGUUUGAUCCAGCUACAGAUUACCAUAACUACACCAUUCACUGGAAUCCCACUGCAGUUGUAUGGUACGUCGAUAGCAUACCAAUCAGAGUGUUCAGGAACUAUCAGAGCCAGGGAAUUGGCUAUCCAAAUGCACAAGGAAUGGGAGUUUACUCGAGCCUUUGGAAUGCAGAUAAUUGGGCAACUAGAGGCGGCCUUGAUAAGAUUGACUGGAACAGUGCUCCAUUCAUUGCUAAAUACCGCAAUUAUAGGCCAAGGGCUUGCUUCUGGAAUGGACCCGUUAGCAUCACUCAAUGCGCUGUUGCGUCACUAAACAACUGGUAUACCUCUCCUCAAUACAGUCAACUCAGCUAUGAUAAACAAGGUCAGAUGGCCUGGAUCAGGAAUAAUUACAUGAUUUAUGACUACUGCAAAGACGCUAAGCGCUUCAACGGACAGUUUCCCAGUGAAUGUUUUAAGCCUCAGUACUGAUAACGGCAGCGAUUUCUUAUUCUGUUUCUGCAAAAAGUUGAGAUGUUUUUUAAUUCAUAUUUCAUUUCCAUUUUUACUGAAAAAUUAAGCCCGAUUCUUUUUGAGUGAAUGUUCUUAAGUGUCGUUGACCGUGAAACUUCUGUAUUACUGGACCAUUACAUAUAUUAAAAAAAGUG